GCAAACAGCAGCUGGUUGGACUCCGUUUACUCAACUCUGCAAGUUCAGUCUCCAUUAGUUUUUUUUCCUGAGAUUGAAGUUAUCGGCCUGGGCUGAGGCAAACUACAAACAACAAAAAGGCACUGUGGCUUGUGUCAGAUACAAACUGUGUUCAGCAAAUCCCUUCGGAUCACCUGUGAAGUAGAGCAUCAAGUGCCUUGUUCAAGGGCACUUCAGCAACACCUGCCGCAGAGGAAAGAGGCGUCCAUCGCUUUACCGUCACAAAACCCUUUUGUGAGUUUGCAUCAAACUACCAACAUCUAGAUUUAAAAUCAGGUCUGCAGGUCAGCAGCUCAGCAGCUCAGCGGUCAUCAGAGUGGUGAAUUAAAAGCUCCAAGCCCAGCUUGAGUCAGUCAUGGCAGACUGGAGCCUUUUGGGAAACUUCCUGGAGGAAGUACAGGAGCACUCCACCUCUGUUGGCAAGGUGUGGCUGACCAUCCUGUUUAUCUUCCGUAUCCUGGUGCUCGGGACGGCAGCCGAGUCAUCAUGGGGCGAUGAGCAGGAAGACUUCAACUGUGACUCGGUGCAGCCAGGCUGCGAGAACGUCUGUUAUGACCGAGCAUUUCCUAUAGCACACAUACGAUACUGGGUGCUGCAAAUUGUAUUUGUGUCGACUCCAAGUCUAAUCUACAUGGGCCACGCCAUGCACACAGUUCGCAGGGAGGAGAAGAGGAGGAGUAGGGAGGAAGAGGAGGAUGCGGGUGGAGGAGGAAAAGAGGAAGACCAAGGAGGAGGUGACAAAGGAGGAGGAAGAAGAAACAAGCAGGGAAGGAGUGCUGAGAAGGAUGAAGGAAAGGAAAAAGAUGAAGGUUCGUCUGCAGGUCGAGUUCAGCUGAGGGGGGCGCUGCUGAAGACAUACAUACUGAGUAUUCUGAUCCGUACCAUCCUGGAGGUAGUGUUUUUGUGUCUGCAAUACUUUCUCUAUGGCAUCUUCCUCCAUCCUCUAUAUGUGUGCAAGGCGUUGCCGUGUCCACAUCCAGUCAACUGUUAUGUCUCCAGACCCACUGAGAAAAAUGUCUUCAUUGUGUUCAUGUUGGCCGUUUCGGUCGUCUCCCUGGUGCUCAGCGUGCUCGAGCUGCAUCACCUGGCAUGGAGACACUGCUGCAGGAAGUUCAUCUCCUCAAAGAGUGUCACAUCUGCUAACACCUCCAUGGUCCGACAGAUCUCCAUGUCUCCACCUCGACCGUCAACCCCACCUCCUGAUUUCAAUCAGUGUGUGACUGGCUCCUCACACUUCCUCCCGCUCCCCUUCCCUAACAACGGACUGGCCUCUCAGCAAAACUCUGAGAACAUGGUGACGGAGAAGAACAAGAGGGCCGCUGCGGUCGAGGAGGCAAACUUUCUCCACAUAAAUUACUACUCAACCAAAUGGGAGAACUGCGGAGACGGCCAGAUUCAAGAUGGAGUGUGCCUGAGUUCUGACAGUAACAGCUACAGCCCUGAGAGCAAAGACAUGAUGUGCCUCCAGAUCCAGAGCAAUGGCCCAGAUGUGCUGCUGCUGAAGGACAAGAGAAGAUUCAGCAAAACAAGUGGAACAAGCAGCCGAACAAGAAUGGGCGAUCUCUCAGUUUAGAAAUCAAACCACAGAUAGACUCCAGCUACAGUCCACUUCCAACAACUUUCAUAACUCGACCUGUUGGUCAAGAUUCAAUGGAAUCACAUUGGCUGUGAUUCCAUUGAGGAUGUUGGAUUAGGAAAAUAAAUGCUUACUGGAAACAUGGCAAUUUAAAAAAACUUUAGCUUUUUUAUAAAACAUCUCUGUUAUAGGAUGACAUGGUUUUUCGGUUGUAUCAAAAUGUAUCUGUUUCGCUAAACUAUAAUGGUAAUUCUAUCUUUGCAUCAUAUAAGUUGCGUGAUCAACAACCGGAUGUUACUACUGUCAGAAAAGACAAAGACGAUGACGACAGGAAGUGUUAGGAGGAUGAAGGCGCAGGUUUUUUUUUAUGACUUAUUGCAUGAACAAAUUUAUUCACAUGUUGCGUUUCCUAUUUAAUUGAAACGCAGCAAUUGUGAAAUGCCACUACUACAGUUAACUACAGUGAUGAUGUGUUCAAGUUGAUGUACAAUUUAUGUGAAUGUGACAGAGCUGCUGGAUUUGAUGUGAAUCUUUGAUAACUGUCCUGGUCACUGAUUCACUGAAAUAACUUUGUCUUCAGACAGUACCUGCGUUUCCAUGGUAAAUGUGUGCAAAUCUUAGUCUAUUCUUCUAAUGUACAGAAAAAAACACAAUUUCGCAAUUUCAGUGUUUCCAUUAAAUAAGAAAUAAAAUGAAAAUCACAUUAAGUUUGUUCACACAACAAGUCAUUAAUAAUCAUAGCAGCAAUGGAUGGAAACAAUUACAUGAGAUAUGUUCAUGUUUCAAACAUAGCCCUUGUGCUGGUGUCAGCUAUCACAGAAGACAUAGGCGUUUUAUUCAAGCAUUGGGCCAACAAGCUCCUUCAAUUCAACACUUUGGAAUGACACGACUUUGUAAUGCUGUGAGAGCUCUGGUAGAGCCAGCUGCUCCUCGUCUAAAAUAAAAUCCAAACCAUCAUUCUCCUACCACUUCCUGUUGUCUUCUUUGUUAUUUUCACCAGUAGUAACAUCCAGUUGUUGAUCAAUCAAGUCGUGAUUUGAAAAACGUGCUUUUUCAAUGCCGUUUCAGAAAGUACAUCUAUUUCAAGAGAGCCAGAAAAAACACUUCCUUCUAGCGCAAAACCUUUGAUCAAAAAACAAGAGAUUUUGAGAAAUCGGCGUAUUUCCACUAAGCCAAUGUAUUUUUGUAUUUUCAGUUUCUGUAGUUUUUUUUUAGAUUAGGUGCUGUGAUGUUAUUAGUAGCUCCCUUACCUGUAGCACAAAACGUAAUAUAAGCAUGAGAUUGUUGGUCACAUAAACACAUUGUUAGUGUGGGGGAAGCUAACAGUUAGCCCAGGGGUGGGCAAUCCUGGUCCUGGAGGUCCGGUGUCCUGCAGCUCUUAGAUGUCUCCCUGGUCCAACACACUUG